CAUUUAUAUAUGUUCUAAUCUCGACUGCAAUUGUUUUCUUAUCAGUUCUAUCCUUUGUGGUUUUGAUAUUUAAAUAGAGUGAAUAUUCAGAAAAAAAGCAUUCAGUUAUAGAUAGAAUAAAAGAUCAAAGAUUUAUAGCUGUUGACUUUUUAGCGGGGUGUAAGUGUGGCUUUUACACUGAUUUUUACCACAAAAACUAGAGUAAGUGGUUUGUGAUUUUUACGAGGGGAGUAGUUCAAACGUACCUUUCUGAUAUUUUUCAAUACAAAUAAGUAAAUAUCUAUAUCAGAAUAUAUAAAUACGACUUGGUAGUAGAGGAAUGGAUGAAUAUGAUUCCAAUUCAAAAAUUACCGCUGUUCCAAAACACGGUCUGAAAGUUAAGUUGAAUCAUGAAUAUCCCGAGAAGAGAAAUCAAAAUUUCAUUCCACCAUUGAGGGUUAUUAUUCAUUUAUUGCCGCUGUUAUUGAGAUACUUAUGGUAUUAUAUAAAAACAAAAUGGAAAGGAGGACAUGUAGUAAUGGAUUUCAUCGGUCAGAGGGACUCCAAACAAAUAUAUGGUGUUCCGAUUGGAGGAAUUGGCAGUGGCACUGUAGGUAGAGGCUUUAAGGGAGAAUUUUGCAGAUUCCAAAUGAGGCCUGGCCUCUACGAGUGGAAUACUGUCGACGCCAAUCAAUUUAUAGUCACCAUCAAAGAUGAGAAUCAACAAACAAUUUUGCAUAGUUUAUUGUCCACUUUCUCAAAGACAUCUUUGCCAGCCUGGAAAAGUACCAUUGAUGCAAGUAAAUGUUACUAUACUGGAUUGUAUCCAAGAGCUUGGACUGAAUAUGAUUUAUCAGAGUAUGGGAUUAAAUUGAUUUGUAGACAAAUAAGUCCUGUGAUACCACAUGAUUAUGAAAAUAGUUGUUUGCCUUGUGCUGUGUUUGUGUGGAAUGUCGAAAACUUAUCAAAAGAACAAAGAACUGUGACAGUUGCUUUCACAUUCAAAAAUGGUACUGGUAAUAAAAAAGAAGACAAAAAUUGUAAGUUUUCUGAAUACUUGUUUUUUUUAUGUUUUUAAUUUUUUCUUCGUUCC